AUGUGGCUCAUCAACACUGACUCUCUGGAACUGGAUUACGUUGAGAAUCCGGAUAAUGUGAAGUAUGCAAUCUUGUCGCAUACAUGGGAAGAGGAAGAGGUAAACUUUCAGGAGAUGAAACUUCACCAAGCCACCGCAAGGAAGAAGAAAGGAUUUGAUAAAAUUGCCGCAACCUGUCGGUUAGCGGAAGAGAGGGGCAUACCAUACGCUUGGGUCGACACUUGCUGCAUCGACAAGACGAGCAGUGCCGCCCUAUCCGAGGCUAUCAAUUCCAUGUUCCAGUGGUAUAAGGACUCCUUCGUUUGCUAUGCCUACCUCUCGGACAUGUCUGUCCACGACUUCGACAAACAGGAUAAUAGAAUCAAAGCAGGAUUUGCAAAAUGCCGGUGGUUUGCUAGAGGAUGGACGUUGCAAGAAUUAAUUGCCCCCGAAAUACUCAACUUUUAUGAUCGAGAUUGGAACUUAGUCGGUUCCAAGGAGUUAUACAGACAGGAGAUCUCCAGAAUCACUGGCAUCGACGUGAAAGUUCUGAUGAACAGCCAACUCCUGCCAAAUAUACCUGUGGGUAAACGGAUGUCAUGGGCGUCGAAGCGAAAGACAACUAGAGUAGAGGACAUCGCAUACUGCCUCCUCGGAAUUUUCGAUGUCAAUAUGCCUAUGAUAUAUGGAGAAGGUCGCAAAGCGUUCAUCCGACUACAGGAAGAGAUUCUGAAAAACACAGAUGAUUUAUCAUUAUUCGCGUGGACGGCACAGUCGGAAGAUGAAUCUGGGAACGGCCAACCAAUACUGCCAGACAGAUAUUGGCUAGGGAUUCGUGGCGUACUCGCUCAAUCUCCUUCUGAAUUCUCUGGCUGCGGUAACCUUGAACAUAUCAAUGAUUCCUCAGUGGAUAUCGGCGAGUUCUCUAUGACCAACAAGGGACUAAGGAUUCAAGUCGUUCCGGGCACUGCCGAGGAAGGCGACUCUUUCUUAACCAUGCCCCUUUCUUGUACUAUGUCGCCGGCGGAUAAAAAUAAGCAAGAAAUUGCCAUCCAACUUCAGAAGUUCAAGUUACAAUAUGUUCGACACCGAACCUUCCGGACUUUCACUAUCCCGGCAAAUCGCACCACCGAAAAACGACCACCUUUAACAGUGUAUAUAAAAAAGGAUGUUGCGGAGAGUAGCGCGCGGGAACUUUACAAGUCACAGAUAAUUCACCUAACUUAUAAAUUCCGUCUACCGCCAAAGGAACAAGCUCGCGUAAUCGCCGUUUAUCCUUCGCUAGCCUGGAACCCGACUAGCAAUACACUCUCAACACCGCCUUAUGGAUCCUUUAUAUCAUGUCUUGAGUUUCGUAUGGUCCCCAGAGGAUGGAACUUCCUAGUCUGCUGCGUGCGUCAGUUAAACCACAACCCUCGAGGACCUGAUAUGUUAGACAACAUCUCGGUGGUGAUCUGGUCCGAUCGCGACCCUAAAACCGAAAGAAAGAUGAAAGAGGUUCUCGAUCUGUUGAAAAAUCAAGAUCAAGAUAAUAGAUAUAAGAUUGUAUCAACUAAUGAUUGUUGGCAACGAUUGUAUGCAUUACAAAGCUCAGGUUAA